CCUGUGUGUCUGUGUGUGUGGUGUGUGUGUUUGGUGUGUGUAGCUGACCUGAAGGAGGAUCUGGACUCGUACCUGCAGCAGCACCUGAAGGGGAGAGUGAAGCUGGUGAGAAAUGAGAAGAGAGAGGGCCUCAUCAGGGGCAGGAUGAUCGGAGCGUCCCAUGCCACAGGAGAGGUGCUGGUGUUCCUGGACAGCCACUGCGAGGUGAACGAGGCCUGGCUCCAGCCGCUGCUCGCCCCCAUCAAGGAGAACCGCCACACGGUGGUGUGCCCCGUCAUCGACAUCAUCAGCGCCGACACGCUGGUCUACAGCCCCUCGCCUAUCGUCCGCGGGGGCUUCAACUGGGGGCUGCACUUCAAGUGGGACCCCGUGCCCGCCGCGGAGCUCAGCGGCCCUGAUGCCCCCUUCAGGUCUCCCACCAUGGCAGGGGGGUUGUUUGCAAUGGACCGCCAGUACUUCAGCGAGCUGGGUCAGUACGACAGCGGCAUGGACAUCUGGGGAGGCGAGAACCUGGAGAUCUCCUUCAGGAUCUGGAUGUGCGGGGGUCAGCUGCUGAUCAUCCCCUGUUCACGGGUGGGACACAUCUUCCGCAAGAGACGCCCGUACGGCUCCCCCGGAGGACAGGACACCAUGGCCCACAACUCCCUCAGGCUGGCGCACGUCUGGAUGGAUGACUACAAGGAGCAGUACUUCGCCCUGCGUCCCGAGCUGCGUAACCGUGACUACGGCGACAUUGGCGAGCGCGUGGCGCUGCGGAAGCGGAUGCAGUGCCACAGCUUCAAGUGGUACCUGGACACCAUCUACCCCGAGAUGCAGCUGACGGCCCACAACAAGCCCCAGCAGCCCGUCUUCGUCAACAAGGGCAUGAAGAGGCCCAAGGUGCUGCAGAAGGGACGGCUGCGGAACCUUCUGGCUGACAAGUGUCUGAUGGCGCAGGGCCGACCGACACAGAAAGGAGGCGCUGUGGUGGUCAGAGAGUGUGACCCAAUGGACAGGGAACAGGAGUGGUCGUACGAUGAGGAGCAUGAGCUGAUCCUGGCGGCGCUGCUGUGUUUGGACAUGUCAGAGAUCCGCUCCUCCGACCCGCCCCGCCUCAUGAAGUGCCACGGCUCAGGGGGGUCACAGCAGUGGACUCUGGGGAAGAGUAACCGUCUGUACCAGGUGUCGGUGGGCCAGUGUCUGGCCGUGCUGGACCCGCUCAGCCCCAAGGGCUACGUGGGCAUGGCCAUCUGCGACGGGUCCCGGGCGCAGCAGUGGCAGCUGGAGGGGUGAGGGUGGACACGUGCCACGUCGCCAGAGGUACGCGCAGACGCACAGUGCCCCCUGCUGUCUGGAGGAGGGAAGCGCAUCGCCGGCCAAGAGAGGAGAGAAAGAAGAGCGCAGGGGACACUGGAAACACAAACACACACACACACACACACACAUAUACGCACACACACACACACACACACACACACACACACACUAACAUAUACUUACACAUACGCAAAACACACAGCACGUCCUGAUGAAUGGAUGUUAAACACACUCAGUUCUCUGGGCAAGCUGCAGUGUAUUGGAGGAAAUGGACACACACUUGUUCAUAGUGUGUUGCAGGCAACCCCCCCACCCCCACCCUUUUACCAACACACACAAACUCUUUUCCCUGGAUCUGUGCCUCUGGUAGUGAAAGACACACAUACGAGAUUUAGUUUUUAUUUAGUUUUUAUUUGUUUGGGUCAAAUUUGGGGAGGAGGGGUAGGAAGUAUUUUUCAAAUGUUCUAUAUUUCAUAUAUAUUUUUAAUUUAUAAUCAUGUAAAAUGUGUCCAUCUGAAUUUUUACACCAAUUUGCACAGCAGAAGACAAUUAAGACAUACUCUUUUUCUGCUUAUGAAAUGAAGAAGAAAAUGUAAAAGAGACCGUUCUGAAUGCCAGUAUUAGAAUCCUAUUGUCUAUUUAAAUUGCAUCAGUAGGCUGCAUUAAUUACGUUUAUGUACGAUGUUUUACUGCUUUGAUAUUGUCAUUUAUGGCCUUUUUAUGUUGAAGCGUGUGUAUGCGUGUGUGUGUGUGUGUGUGUGUGUGUGUGUGUGUGUGUAUUUUGUAAGUAACAGUUCUGUUUUACAUUUUUAAAUCUUUAUGUUUAUCACUGGAGUGCUCAGAUAUUUGCUACCUGUUCAAGACAGGAAAUCCAGCUACAGGAAAUUACUUCACAUUCUGGUGUCUAGGUAACAAAUCAACAAAAACACUUAACCUUCUUAAGGGUUUGUAUGUAUGUCUAAUUUGUGUGUAUGUGUGUUUGGACAUCUCGACUGCCAGCCAUUUACUGCUGUAGACUUCAUGUCAUGUCGUAAGGAGAUGAAGACCACGCAGACUUAAAACUUGGCUUACGGACUCCACACUAACACACCAAACACACACACACACACACACACACACACCAACACACAGGAAUUCACAGGAUAACCAUGCCCAUGGAACUAGCAAGAAAAGACUGUAUGAAUGAUCUGCACUGAGGUACUCUGUAAUGGAUGCAGGUAGACCACCAGAGCUUAGCUGACAGCAGACAGAAUGACAGUCACUCCCCCAUAGGAUUGUGCUGGGGCUGAUCAUGCGUGUACUGUAGUCCAGUCUCUCAUGUUGUACGCAUUUCAUUUUUCUAAAUGAUGAUACCAAAUACAAUAAAAACGAUUUCAACUGA